AUGGAUUUCCCUCCAAUGUUCAGGAAACUAAUAGAGCAGUGUAUCACGACAACGCGAUUCUUGGUUGCAAUCAACGAUGAACUCUGUGGGUAUUUCAAAGGCACCAAGGGAUUAAGACAGGGUGAUCCCCUCUCUCCUUAUCUCUUUGUCUUAGCCCUUGAGGUAUUUUCUCAGAUGCUGAAUCGCAAAUUCAGUGAAGGUUCUGUCGGGUAUCAUCCAAAAGCGUCCUCACCUAGUGUCACACAUCUUGCGUUUGCUGAUGAUAUUAUGGUAUUUUUUGAUGGAGAGAAACCGUCUCUGGAAACAAUAGCGAGGACAUUUGACUCUUUCUCGAGUUGGUCGGGUCUAACAAUGAACAGAGCAAAAACAGAGCUUUACACGGCAGGUAUGAACCAGAAUGAAUCUAAUGACCUUGCAAGUCUAGGUUUCACGCUUGGUUCAUUACCUAUAAGGUAUCUUGGGUUGCCACUAAUGCACAAGAAGCUCCGGAUCACUGACUACAGACCUCUGCUUGAUAAGUUAAAUGCAUGUUUCACUGCUUGGUCUACUAAGGCCCUUUCUUAUGCAGGAAGGAAACAGCUCAUGUCCUCUGUCAUCUACGGCUCCAUAAACUUCUGGACCUCAACAUUUUUAUUACCAAAAGGGUGUUUGAAGCAAAUCCAAACUCUCUGUACGAAGUUUCUGUGGAGUGGCAAGAUUACCAGUAAUGCCAAUGUCAAAAUUGCUUGGACUACAGUUUGCCUUCCUAAACGGGAAGGAGGGUUAGGUCUGCGUGAUUUUGAUUCAUCAAACGCAGACACCUACUUCUGGGAGAUAGAAGGGUCAAAGGCAAAAGGUUUCCCAACUAAGGAGACUUGGGAGGUAAUCCGCCCACGUGAGCAACUAAAAGACUGCGCGUCUUCUGUCUGGUUUAAAGGUGCUGUUCCACGACAAUCUUUUACUCACUGGGUAACUCAGUAUGAUCGGCUCUCCACAAGGGAAAGGUUGGCGAGUUGGGGCUUAGAGGUCCCUUUAUGCUGCUGCCUCUGUAAUUCAAUGAUUGAGAACAAAGAUCAUAUCUUCCUGAGAUGCACUUGGUCAGAGGAACUCUGGAAUAUGGUUCUGCGAAGGUUAGGCCUAAGUCAAUUGGCUUUUCACACAUGGACAGCAUUCUCGGAAUGGCUAAAAUUAAGGAUCCCUCACUGCUCUAGGCUCCUCAAAUGUCUUGUCUCCCAAGCAACAAUCUACAACACCUGGGUCUCAAGGAACAUAAGAUUACACGACAACAACAACUCAACGCCAGCCCAAGUGUUCAAGAUCAUUGACCGCCAAGUCCGUGAUACCAUUCUAGGACACCGGCAACAACGGAAAUUCAGCGACCUAAUGCAACAUUGGCUCGCUUUUGAGUAA